AAAUCGAUGAGCUGCUCCGUUCAAGGCACAUGCGAACGUCACGACUGCACACAACGCACUGAAACGCCAAGAACUAUAGAGCGUUAGAAAAGGGAACUGCGCUUGCGUGAAUUUCCAUCUCCGGCAUCAUUUUUGGAAUAUUUUUCCGUGGGAAAGAAACACACGUUGAAAUUUUUCUUUUUUUUCAUGUAACAUAAAUUUCUUAAUAAUUAAAUUGAGAGCCUGUCUCAUGCGAAGACAUUAAACUGUCAUCAAACAGCUGUUACAAUUGCAUGGUAGUAUUAUGCACCAUUUUGCGUUACGUUUAUGCCAAUUUAAACAAUUUAAAUAAUUUACCUGGAAAUUACAUACGCGAGGCGAGGGAAGUCAUAAAACACUCUUGUGAUGUCUCCACCAUCCUCUCAGUGGAGGAAUCGCUAUAUAUUGUCAUUUCGCAGUCAAAUGCGAAGCUUCACUGACUACAAAUAAUGGUCUGUAUUAAGAAGCGGUUCUUUAACCCCAGUCGGCUACUUCUGCUCGCUUUCGGCUUGUGGCCUGAUAAGGAAACGAUAUUCACCCGGUUUCAGGCAACAUUUCUUUGCAGUUUUUUGAUAAGCAGCAUUGUAUUUCAACUUUCAAGAGUUUUCAUUGCAGAAUGUAACUUCGAUCUUAUUGUGAGAAUAGUCUCUUCCACGACAUUCUUUACCAUGCUUACGAUUCUACCCUUCUCAUUUUGGGUUAAUAUAAAAACUAUCACAUAUUUAUUGGACCAACUGCAAUACAUCUACGACCGGCUAAAGGAUAGAAACGAAAUUGCUAUCUAUGACAAAUAUGGAAACACUGGAAAACAGUUUGCGACUAUAGUAAUAAUACUUCUUGUAUGCGGCCUAUCUGGUAAUUCUGUCAUAAUAUAUUGGCCAUACAUUCUUGAUAUCGUUGUACCGAAAAAUGAGUCUUAUGCAAUUCACAUGAUGCAAUUUGUGACCGAGUACUUUAAUGUCUCAGAGAAAUAUUAUUUUUUAGUCGUUGUUCAUUUGAAUGCAGCCUGUUCUACAGGGUUAAUUGUAUUAGCAGGGACGGGAACAAUAUUUUUUUCGUAUUUGCAGCAGACCUGCGGUAUGUUUGAAAUUGCCAGCUAUCGUAUUGAACAAGCAAUGGCGACCGAGUUGUUACAUAACUUUGAUAUAAAGAAUACAAUUGGAAUAUGCAGAGAGAUAAUAUGUGCCAUAGAUAUACAACGUCAAGCUAUGCAGUGUGCUAAAGGCUUCAUAACUAGUAUGGAAGGAACAAUUUUUGUUUUGGUAAUAACUUUGGUACUUUGUGUGAGUUGCAAUCUUUUUCGAAUAUUUCAAAUUGAAUCACCUAUGGAGAGGAUGGACGAGGUUUUAUUACACUUUUCGGCUGUAUUUAUAGUUUUGAUGAUCAUGUUCUUAUCCAGUUAUGUUGGACAAGAUGUUACAGAUCAUAGUAAUUACGUAUAUGUAAUUACAUACAACGUUGCAUGGUACUUAGCACCGUUACACAUACAGAAACUGAUACUGUUUCUACUACAAAGAAGCAAUAAAAGUUGCACCCUGAGUGUCGGUGGAUUAUUUACAGCAUCUUUAGAAUGUUUUGCAACACUGUUUCAAGCAUCAAUGUCCUACUUCACCUUCAUGUACUCCAUGCAGUAAUAACAAGCAGAUAACUAGUCUGAUAUAUGAGUAUAUUAGAAUAAAGCAAAAGUUGCAUUAAUUGAAAUACAUGCACAGUCAACACAUCACAAAACCGACGAAAUCGACGACAAUAAAAUACCUCUCACAUUGAAACGUCUGGCCGCCUGACCGCUCCUGCGGAACUUGUCGCUGUUCAGUAAGUGUACGUGUAAGCGUUAGUCGGCGUUUGAAGGUUGCUUAUUACACCUCAAAGAUUUGCUUUCAUAUUUUUUUUUUUAAUAGGCAAUGUUUGUACUUAAAACAACACAUUUUUACUUUAUUAAGUAGUUUCACAUUUAAUUAAGCAUUGAAAUAAAUGUCCGUAAAUGUAAAUAUUUAAAAACAAUUAUAAUACUAACAUAAUAAUAAUUUUCAUAAUAAGGUGUUAUCUCGCUGGUGUCUGCAGUUUAUGUGAUCUAAUAUUUUUGACUACUUUUUGUGGCGGGCGACUAUUGUCUCCUAUAGUAUGCAAGAAGCGUUUAGUGACGGGUGACUUAAGUCACCUGUAGUAGCGAAAGGAUUAACACACACACACACAAAGAGCUAAUUUAUAGUUUUCUUGCACCGUCCGCAUGACUUAACAGCAAUUCUGCGAUUCACAGAUAUUGAUAAUGAGUAUUCGUACAUUCGUGAUUAAUGCAUGCGAUUAAUGCAUCUAAUUAAAUAAUGCAUUUAAGAAUGAACAGGACAUCAAUGAUUGAUAAAGUAUAUAAUUAAUCGAAUAAAGAAAAUUUGAACUCAUUUGGAGAAGAUGGCUGUGGCGGUAUUGUUAUUAGAAUAAGAAGUUAUUUUGUUAACAAAGAUUUAUUGAAGAAAGUGUAUAUAAUAUGAAAGACGAUAAAUAAAUGUAGAUUAUGUUACAACAAUAAAA